AUGGGUAACACAUGGCAAUGUUCAACCAAGUCGUCACAAAUCAUUCUUCAUCUUUCCGAUAUCAUGCUUUACGAGAGACUCGACCUCGCUAUAUGGGAUGUGCUUGUGCAUUGGAAAGAGGAGUUUGAAGAUCAACAUGACGCUAUAAUUGAACGUACAGCUCGCCGUUUGCGAAGAAUCAUUAGGAAGGAGUCUAAUGAGUGUCGUCAAAUGUUGGGGGUAUCUGUGGAUGUAACGUUAGUGAUUCAUCACGUUUGCGAUGGCAGAAUUUUACUUGCAUUGGAAGAAUCAUCCGCAGAUGGAAUGGUGCCGGCUAGUAAAUCAUCAAUGAAGUUGCUAAAUAAGAUAGAAGUUGAUGAAAAUAAUAUCAACGAUGACUGUAUCGUGUGUCUAGAAGAGAUAGGGAAGGAGAGUGAAGUACUUUGCACGCCUUGCUCACAUAUAUUUCAUGGAGAGUGUAUUACAAAGUGGUUAGAGAAAAGUCAUUACUGCCCUCUUUGCCGCUUUGAGAUGCCAACGGAUUCGACAAGACUACAGAAAGAAGCAGCACUCUAG